UUUGUUCGGAUCUCUCCUAGCACCUGAUGGAGCUGAUCGCUUUGCUCCUGGUGCUCCUCGUCGCCGUGGCCGCCUACUCGGCAAUGGCGGCCGCCUCCCGUCGCCGGCGCUCGCGGUGCUACCUCCUGGACUACGUCUGCUACAAACCGCCGGAUGACCGCAAGUACUCCACGGAGACGAUGCGCGCCGUGCUGGACCGCAGCCAGCGCCUCGACGCCCCCGCGCGCCGCUUCCUCCUCCGCGUCGUCCUCCGCUCCGGCCUCGGCGAGCACACCUACGUCCCGCGCACCUUCUUCACCGGCCGCAUGGACUGCCCCACCCACCAGGACUGCCUCGACGAGAUGGACUCCUUCUUCCACGACGCCGUCGCGGAGCUCUUGGCCAGGACGGGGCUCGGCCCCCGCGACGUCGACGUGCUGGUCGUGAACGUCAGCACGUUCCACCCGGCGCCGUCCCUGGCGUCCCGGAUCGUGCGCGCAUACGGCAUGCGCGACGACGUCGCGUCGUACAACCUCUCCGGGAUGGGGUGCGCCGGUGUGCUGGUCGCCGUGGACCUCGCCCGGAACGCCCUGCGCGCGCGGUCCCCGCGGCCGGCGCUGGCGCUGGUGAUCUCCGCGGAGUGCCUCGCGCCCCACUGGUACACGGGGCAGGACAGGUCCAUGAUGCUGAGCCACUGCCUGUUCCGCUGCGGCGGCUCGGCGGCGCUUCUCACCAGCGACCCGGCGCUCCGCGGGAGCGCCAAGAUGGAGCUGCGCCUCAUGGUGCGCACCACCGUUGCCGCCGACGACGACGCGCACUCGGCCAUCGUGCACCGCGAGGACCACGAAGGCCGCGUCGGGAUCAGCCUCAGCAAGUCCCUCCCGAAGGUCGCCGUCCGCGCGUUCACCGCCAACAUAAAAAGCCUCGCGCCGCGCAUCCUCCCGGCCACGGAGCUCGCGCGGUUCGCCGUCGCCGUGGCAUGCCGAAAACUGGUGCGCCGCGGGGGCGCCGCGGGCGCCACGAUCAACUUCAAGGCCGGCGCCGACCACUUCUGCCUCCACCCCGGCGGCGUCGCGGUGAUCGACGCGGUGAAGCGGAGCAUGGGGCUGGAAGAGCGCGACGUGGAGCCGUCGAGGAUGAUGCUGCACCGGUGGGGAAACACGUCGGCGAGCAGCGUGUGGUACGUGCUGUCGUACAUGGAGGCCAAGGGUCGGCUCAAGAGGGGGGACAGGGUGCUCAUGGUGGGGUUCGGGUCGGGGUUCAAGUGCAACAGCUGCGUGUGGGAGGUGACCGGCGACAUGGCCGACAAGGGCGCCUGGGCCGACUGCAUCGACAGCUACCCGCCGGCGAGCCUGGCCAACCCGUACAUGGAGAAGUACGGCUGCACCAACGGAGAACAAGACGACGAUGCCCCAGCUGGUUCAAAUGCCAGAGCCCUUGGCGACGCGUAGAGGCAGAUCAACUACCUAGAGUACGUGGCAGACCCAAAAUAAAAAAGAGCUUUCUGUAAGGCUCCGGCAGCUGUAUGUUCCAAGUUCAGAGAAAAACAUUGGAAUCCUAUUUGUUUGGAUGGCAUGGUUUCCAUCUAUAAAGCCCAUAAUCUGUAUCUUCGUAACA